AUGUCUGAGGAUGCGAAGGCUAAAUGGUUUUGUCUAAAGUGCAAGGGAUUAAAAAAUGAGAAAAAACCUUCAGGUUCGUCUACACAAGAAAUAACUUCUGUCGAGAAAGGUACUGAGGAAGGGUUCCCUGGGUAUAGUACUGAAGAUAUUUUAAAAAGUGUGAAUCAAAAGUUAGACCUUAUUCGCAAUAUCUCUUCAGGGUUGGAGACAUUAAAGGAGACUACCGCUGAGAUCAGGGCUAGUCAAGAUUUUUUGUCAGACCAGUAUGAUAAAUUUGAAAAUGCAUUAAAAUGUUUGCCGAGUAUGGAGCAAGAGUUAAAAAAGUUACGUGAAACUCUGGUAGAGAAGGAUAAGGAGAUCUUGGAGCUGAAAAUACAGGUGAAUAAACUUGAGCAGUAUGGAAGAAAUAAAAAUUUGGAGGUGAAUGAGGUAGCGGAAGUUAAAGGUGAGAAUGUUGAAGAAGUGGUUAUGAAAAUUGCCGAAAAGUUUGGGGUGCAGUUAGAGGAGAGGGACAUUGAAAUUGCUCAUCGUUUACCUAAAACAAAAACUGAACAACGGCCUGCUAAUAUAAUUGUACAGUUUGCCAACAGAAAAGUACGUAAUAGGUUAUUGGAGGCUAGGAAGAAAGUUGUAACAAAUGCAGAGGUUACAGGACAUCAUGGUGGAAGAAUCUACAUCAGCGAAAAUCUUUCCUUUUACUACAGAAACCUAUUGAAGACGGCUAAAGAUAAGGCAAAGAGUCUCAACUAUAAGUACAUCUGGUAUAAAUAUGGAGCGGUUCGGGUGAGGAAGGAAGAUAAUUCCAAGGUCAUAGUAAUUGAUACAGAGGAAGAUUUAGUUAAAAUUAAGUAA